AUCAUCAGCACCAAGGCGAGACUGAACAGCGGCAGAGGAAAGGUUUCUGUUUUGAGCGAGGGAGAUAGGGUAGCAGACUGAUCGCUGAAGGUUGUAUACUUCGUAUUAUUAGCCAAACCACCCUAAUGAUAUAGCGCAAUAGCCACUAAUUCUUCAUUCAGCGGCAACAAGAUGGGGAUACGCAUCGUUUCAUAUGGAUUCGUCUUAUCAGGUCUCUGCGGGUGCAUAAUUUCUCAAGCGUUGGUAUAAAAAACGAGGAAACGUGCAAUGAAGGAUGCGGGAGAGCUCAGCGGGACUGCGCCGUUGUUGCCUCCCGAUGAGAUUCUGCAAUUAACAACACUCUUACUUCACCAGCAUCGGCAAGGAAGACUGCAGCGGCGGCAGGUAUGAACCAUUGUCUGCUUUUUCACUGCUCCGACCAAGCGAAGCUCAGCGCAGGGCGCAUCAACAAGGCACGCGACCGCCACCCAUAUGAAGACAACACGCCGCCGCUGACGGCUCUGCCUCCCCUUCUCUUGUGACAUGACAGCACGGGGCAGAAAGAGGCGGAUCAAAGGGCAUAGACCUGCAGGCGGACGUGUGGAUUCCAAGAGGAAAGGCGCCAGGCACACGCCGGGACUCCAACACGGAGAAGCCCAAAUUGGAGUUGCUGGGAAGAAGCGCACAGAGCAGUGGUGCACUCCGACAUAUGAGGGGAGAUCCUGUGAAACUGGAUCGGUGUGUCCUCUCCAAGCCUCCAACCAUCAUAUCCUGUUUCGUCAACUCCUCUUCAAAAUCUGUCUUAAACUGUAUUUGAACACUUACCUAUUUCCUCAAAUGUGACCAAUCAAAUGUGAUUUAUUUUUAUUUAUAUCGAAUAUGCUGCUGACGUUUUGAUGGCCUGUUGAAUUGCAGCUAUUAUUGAUGACUUGAUCAGUGUGUGGAGUUGAAUGGAAUCUGACAGAAAUUGAUGCGCCUAUUUGCCGAGUCGCAGGUGCUCUCUCUCUGGCUAGCUAUACUGACUCUGACGCUUAGCAGCGCCAUGGGCUGCAUCCAGAGCAUCGCGUGCAAGUCGCGAAUCAAGCGCGAGAACAUCGUGGUCUACGACGUCUCAGCCACGAUCGACCAAUGCCCAACAAUAAUCGAGGAGAACUCGCCUAUUGUGCUGCGCUACAAGACGCCGUACUUUAAGGCCUCCGCCCGGGUUGUGAUGCCCCCUAUUCCCCGCAAUGAGACGUGGGUGGUAGGCUGGAUACAGGCUUGCACACAGAUGGAGUUUUACAACACUUACAGCGACAUUGGCAUGUCGAGCUGGGAGCUACCCGAGCUCCGUGAGGGCCAGGUGAAAGCCAUCAGUGACUCAGACGGCGUGAGCUACCCCUGGUACGGCAACACAACAGAGACUGUCACCUUGGCGGGGCCCACCUCCAAGCCCUCGCGCUUCACCGUCAGCAUGAAUGACAACUUCUACCCCAGUGUGACGUGGGCGGUGCCGGUCAGCGACAACAACAUACCGCUGCUCACCCGCAUCAAGAGGGACCAGAGCUUCACCACCUGGCUGGUGGCACUGAACACCGGCACCAAGGAGAAGAUCCUGCUGCAGACCAUCAAGUGGCGCAUGCGUGUGGACAUCGCCGUGGACCCCUCCAUGCCCCUGGGCUCUCGGGCCACGCUGACCAGCCGCCCCCAGCAGGACCAGCCUCGUGUGCUGACCCGCAUGGAGCCCAUCCCACCCAACGCCCUGGGCCGGCCCAACGCCAACGACGCCCAGGUGUUGAUGUGGAGGCCCAAGAGGGGGGCACCCCUGGUGGUGAUCCCAUCCAAGUAGCGUGGAGAGGCAGC